AUGUCUGAAAAAUCGAAUGAUAGGGGAAUUCAACUGUACACCAAGGAGUUUUAUGCCGCGUGUACUUUAGGCGGUAUUGUCGCUUGUGGUCCAACGCACUCGAGCGUGACGCCUCUGGAUCUUGUCAAAUGUAGAUUGCAGGUCGACCCUACGCUGUAUAAAUCCAAUUUGGACGGCUGGAAGACGAUCAUCAGAAAGGAGGGCUUUUCUAAAAUCUUCACUGGUUUCGGCGCGACAGCGAUUGGUUACUCGCUGCAAGGAGCUGGUAAAUACGGUGGCUAUGAGUUCUUCAAGCACUUUUAUUCGAAUUCGGUUUUGGGCCCGGAGUUGUCGUCGAAGUACACGACAGGUGUCUAUUUGAUGGCUUCCGCAACUGCGGAGUUUAUCGCAGAUAUUAUGUUGUGUCCGUUUGAGGCCAUCAAGGUCAGGCAGCAAACAACAGUUCCGCCAUUUUGCAAUAACGUUUUCCAGGGACUUUCGAAAAUCUAUACGCUAGAAGGAUUACAGGGUUUUUACAAGGGUAUUGUUCCACUAUGGUGCAGACAAAUCCCCUACACUAUGUGUAAAUUUACUUCUUUUGAGAAAAUCGUCCAGUUGAUUUAUUCAAAGUUGCCAAAACCCAAGAGCGAAAUGACUACCUUGCAGCAAAUUUCUGUCAGUUUCACCGGUGGUUACUUGGCUGGUAUUCUGUGUGCAAUCGUGUCCCAUCCUGCGGAUGUUAUGGUUUCGAAGAUCAAUAAUGACAGGAAGUCCGGUGAAUCGAUGGUCGGUGCGUCAAAGAGAAUCUAUCAAAAGAUUGGAUUUGGUGGUUUAUGGAAUGGCCUAAUGGUUAGAAUUGUUAUGAUCGGUACAUUGACAAGUUUCCAAUGGUUGAUUUACGAUUCCUUCAAGGUCAAGGUUGGUUUGCCAACGACGGGUUGA